AGGGCGCGGCCGCCCCCCAAAUCCCCGCACUGACCGCUGCUUCAGCUCCGGCCCUCUCUCUCUGUCUCUCUGUGUCUCCACCGACUGUCUCCAUCGUCUCUUCCUCCUCCUCUGCCGCCAUGCCCAAGUGUCCCAAGUGCCAGAAGGAGGUGUAUUUCGCUGAGAGGGUCACCUCCCUGGGCAAGGAUUGGCAUCGCCCCUGCCUCAAGUGCGAGAAAUGCAACAAGACUCUGACAUCAGGCAGUCACGCAGAGCACGAGGGGAAGCCCUACUGCAACCAUCCAUGCUACGCAGCUCUGUUUGGGCCUAAAGGGUUCGGGCGUGGAGGCGCUGAGAGUCACACGUUCAAAUAGAUGCCCCUCUGGCCCGCCAACCAGGUGUUUCCAGACAGGAAAGCCUCCUCGCUCCGGGCUGACACUCACCUGUGACCCGUGACUUCACCACUCCCCCACCAAGGUCUCCCACACCCCAACUCUCUCUUUGUCAAUAAAAACCUUCACCCAAGCC